CGCGUGCGUAUGGCGCAAUAACCAGAAGGAAACGCUGCUCAGCUCCACUCCUUAUGGGCCUGUGGCUAGUGGGAAGGCAUCCCUGACGUCCAGCAGCGGCGCUCCAGCUGGCCAUUUGUAUUUUAUUUCUGAAGGUCUUAUUGCGUGCUAGGGUCCUCUCCCAUGUGGACAUAGGGUUCAAAGGGCUGUGGUGACGCAGAGGCACGUGACUGACACCCGUCCGUCACGGGAGGUGGCUGGGCAGCCCGCUGGCAGCACUCCUGUUGAAAUUCCUUGGGCUGCUGUGAGCAUCUCCACCACAGACCCUUGCAAAUUCCACAGCAAAUUCAGGGGUGAGGACGCAGCCAGGCACUGACCAGUUCUCCUGUGCUUGUGGUGCCUUCAGACCCUUCUGUUCAUCCUCAGAAUGACGUGUGCCUGGUAUUGGCUUGAUGACUUGGGGCAGUGGAUUGAAUAUGGGAAAGAGCACCCGAUUUACCCCCGUGCCACAGUAAAUUCUGCAGAUCUGGAGGAGGCAUUUCUAGCUGACCAGAGAGGCACUCUGACAUUUUGGGCUGGUUCUCAGAUAUAUGAAUUAAACUUCAAAGACAUGGUCCAAAGAAAUGUGGUCUAUUCAACUCAAAGAAAAGUUAUGCGGCUGCCAAAAAAUUUGUACUCUCAACGUGAGCAGGACAAAAGCCUGUGUACAGAGCCAUCACGUUCACUUUAUCCUCUGGAAUGGGACCAAUCAGCACUGCCUGAAAUUGGGUACAAGUUGGUAGAUGUUGGCAACACUUCCAGUGAAUAUAGAAGAAUUGAGAGUCUGUUUCAGAAGACAAUGAAAGAUUACAGCAUCUGCCGGCUGCAGAGGAUCCAGAACCCAACACUUUGGCAAAUUUUUCAGUGGCAGAAGGAGCAGAUGAAGAAGCUCCAUAAAUCAAACUGGGUGGAUGAGCGGCUUCUGUUCCACGGGACAAACCCAUCUCAUGUGCCAGCCAUCUGUGAGCAGAAUUUUGACUGGAGGAUUUGUGGCACUCAUGGGACAAUGUAUGGAAAAGGAAGCUACUUCGCCAGAGAUGCCAGUUAUUCUCAUGAGUAUUGUUCCUCUAAGAUCAGCCGCUACAGCAUGUUUGUAGCUCAGGUUCUUGUUGGAAAAUUUGUUCAAGGGGACUCUGAAUACCUUCGUCCUCCACCCACACCAAACAAUCGCAACAGACUUUAUGACAGCUGUGUGGAUAAUCCAGAAAACCCUUCCAUCUUUGUCAUCUUUGAGAAGCUCCAAAUUUACCCUGCCUAUAUCUUGGAGUACAGCAGUAGUUCUCUAUGUGUGAUCCUUUAACGAAUGGCAGAAUAUUCUUUGUAUUUACACUGAAACAUUUUAAUAAAUCUUUUUGUUCAUGUUUGUACAGUUUUAGAACUUG